CAAACAAAAAGCAACAAAAAAUACAUAAGCAACACACAAAAUGCAAAGUGCUGAGGCCGGCGGUUGCUUGAUUGACUAACAAUUGAAACACGAAAACCCCACAGCAAUAUUAUUAACAACAACAGCUGCAAUAACAAUCGCAAAGUCGACACACUCUGCACGCUUGAGUGGCAUCAACAGCAGCAGAAGCGAGGCACCUCAACACUUGGGUCAAGUGGAAACAGAAAUCAUGACAGCAAUGUCAAAAGUUUCGAGUUUUGCAUAGCCAAAACUUAAGCAGCGAACUACAACGAAGCAAAGGACACCACGCCACCUGACUGACUGAAUAUAGCCACAUUAUGGAGAAGCCCAUGCAGCAUGCUCCAGCAUCCGUUGGGAAGGUCUCACAAAUAGCGAACAUCUUUCAGCGCAAGCCAAUUGAAAUUCAGCCCGUCGAGCAGCUGACCGCCGUGGCUGCAGCCCAUGCAGCUGCCGCUGCUGCUGCCGCUUCAGCUCAUCCUCAUCCGUCUGUGCGGACGGAAUCGCAUUCGGCAAGAUUCAAUAACGCCAGAGCACUUUUCGAGAAACUGGGCGUGGAGUCCAAUACAGGAGUAGGUGGCGGACGUUUACUGCGCAGCGGUUCACGUGAGGAUAAUCUGUACGACGGUUCCGAUCGUUCCUCAUCUCGAUCCUCGGAUCGUUCGCAGUCGCCACCAAAGCGUCGUAUGCCAUUCCCCUCUGGCGCCUCGCUCAAUCAGAGUAACAACACUGCUGAGUUGCCACAGAACGGCGCCGAUCGUCUCAGCAAUACCAAAUUCAUUGUGGAUCCAACGACAACUGCCAAAUAUCUGCAACACAAUUUAGCGCGUCUCAAGUCCGAGGAGGUGGUGGCCACAGUUGUUGUGGCUCUGCCGUCAAGCGGUUCGGUUAGUGCGCUGUUUACCGGCGGCGAUAAGCCGGAGAAGCCCGAGCGAAAGUUCAAUUCGCGCGAGCUGAUUGAGAAACAAAAAAAGUGGACUUCUCACUUCACCAAGACAAAAAGCACACGCACCCAUAGCGAUCUCAAUCGUUGCGAUAUUAUACGCACCGUUCCCGGCACCGGCCUAAUUAUGGAUGGCGAGAAGGCGUCAAGGGUCGGGCCGAUGCCUGUGGUGACAUCGUCCCGGACGACCGACCCGGAACCGCCGAGUGCGGCCUUUCGUCAGCUUCCUAAUGCAGUUUCAGCUGCCGCCACGCCCCCGCCCUCAGCCAUUCCGCCGGAGAUUAAGCCACGCAGUGGCAAAAUUGGCAGUCCUGUGAAGUCGCCUCCCUUGCCGCCAAUCCCAGCCGCCAAACCAAAGAAUGUCAGUCCCGUCAAAUAUAAUCCGGACCGUGUGCGUUCGCCUACCAAAUGCUCGGAGGCGGCGCCUCCGCCACCACCAGCCAAAUCCGCUGCAGUUACGGCGGCCAUGCAACGCUCUGUCCUCUUGCAACAGGAGCAUCAGCAGCUAAAUGCACCCGUGCCGCCUGAGAAGCCGCGCAAAAAGUCCAUUGAUCUGAUUGAGGAUGUAGCGCCUACAACCUGUUCCACGCCCUGCGCCUCGCCAACCAGCUCGUUGAGCACACACAACAGCGCCGCCUUUAUGCAGGCAGCCAAGCAAGGCUCCAUUGAUGCAGCGGCUCACGUUCCCAACAACGGCAAUGGUCUCAGUGGCAGCACCAAUUCGGCAACGUCCGGCUCACCAGUGGCCAGUGCAUCUUCAGGUCCCUCAUCCCCUGUGCACACCGAGGAUGAGAAGCAGGAAAAUGAGUCCACAGAGAAGUCCGAUGUGAUUGAACAUUAUAUCAACAACAAUUACAACAGUGUGCUAAAACGACGACGCAGCGAGAUUGAAGGGCAAAAGCCUGUCGACGAACCGGAAACGCAGCAACAACAACCACAAUAUUCCAGCCCCACUUCCAUCAACGGCUCGCCACAGCGUGUGGCCAACAAGCGGAGCAGUAUUACUCUGAAUAUGCCUGCGGCCGGACUGGGUCAGCGUCCACCCAGCAUCAUCUCGACGGCCAGCCUAGAGGAGAAGGAGUGCUGCCACGAUGAGACUGCACCCGAGGUGAACACUAAACCAGAGGAGCAGGCACACAGCCUGAACUAUGUGGAUGUGGCCUACCGUCUCAAUCCCGAUGGUAGCGAGUCGCGCGAUGUGUUCAGCUCCGAGGUGGAUCUCUAUGUGACGGCCAAGGUGAGUGAUAUGCAGCGCAAAUUCCACGGCGCCAACGGCUUCGUGCAGGAGUCGAGCACACUGUAUGCGAUCAUCGUGCCCGAACAGCAGCAGCAGGAGACGCAGUUGGCGACGCCGGUACGUGGUCUGUUGCAGUCGCCCAUAUCAUCGAGUAUGGAUGGAUCGCCCCUACAUCGUGGCGUCUACAACUCGCCGCCCGUGGGCGUCGUAUCGCCCAUUAGGCGACGCAACUGCGAACAAAAUGGCGGAUCAAGUGAGACGUGCAACACAAAAUCCACUCCUCCCAUUUCAGCAGCUUGUGCUGCUGGUGCGUUGGGCAAGGGUAUUGCGCCCAUUGCCUCCAUAGAUGGCCAUGAGGAGGAGGAGCAGGAGGUGGGGGAAGCACUGAAUCUGGAGGAGCAGGAGGACGAACAACUAGCAGUCGAAUAUCUGGAGGUCUUGAACGAGGUGGCGCCCGUUUUGCCAGAACACCGUGCACCUUCGCUGGAGCUACAGGAUGUGGAGUAUGCAGCCACCAGUGCCGGUGAGGAUGAGGAGGAUCUUCUACAACAGUUGCGUGACGAUGAUGUUGUCGAUGAGGCGAUCAAGCUGCAUGUUGCCACCUCUGCAGCAGUGCCAGCUUCCCUUGCUUCGACUACUUCUGCCACUGCCACUGCUGCUUCCGCUUCGGAUGCAGUUAAGCCCCGAGAUGACAGCUUGUUGCCAGAUGCCAUGACAGCAGCCGAGGCAGAGCGAUUGUUGAGUUCAAGCAUUUUGGAAAACAAAAUCAGGCAACAGUCGCUGCUAUCCGACGAACAGGCCAAAGAAGUUGAGCAGAUACUGAACUCGUCUCCCAACGUGGGCGUGGCUGUUGCUGCCGUUGUUGCCACAGCAACUUCGCCCACCAGCAUCAAGAAUCCCAUUAAGCAACAGGAGCAACCAAAGGCGGCGAAGGACAACAUUCCUGCGACAGUUGCAGUCAAAGUCAGUCCAGUCCUCCCCCAGGACAUACAAAUUGCUGCUGUGCCUGCGGUCGUCGCGGACGAGGAAGAGACGACGCUAGAGGAAGAGGAAGAACAGCAGCUGGACGACGACGACGACUUCGAUUCGGAUGAUGUCGAGGCUGUGGACAUUGUCGGCAUCGGACAUGCACCACUCACAACAGCAUCAGCAUCAGCAUUGAAUGUCACCUUUGCUAAGGCAGAUAGUACAGAGACAGAGCCAACAACAACCACAACAACACCAUCGACUGCAACGGCAACAACAACAACAAGGCACGACGACGAUGAACCGGAGUGGCUGCGUGAUGUGCUCGAGGCGCCAAAGCGUAGCUUAGAGAAUCUUCUAAUAAGUUCAACGUCACACCGUGUUGAACUCGAUAAUGGCUACGAGGCUGGCAAAUAUUCCGAUUUGAAUCAGACCUAUGUGACCGGUGAGUCUCUACACGAGUCAAUUGUGUCCGUGGAGUCCACACAAUCGGAUGCCACAUUCAAUCAGACGACCACUAUCGAUGACAGCAUUAUCUCCAGCAAGCACAACUCCACAUAUUCAUUAGGGGACGUUGAGCAGGCCACCAAUUCGACGGUUCUAAGCACGGGCAUCACUGAGUUGGACGAUAGCCAGUUCUAUAUACCGGAGUAUCCGCCGGUUCGAAGCAAGGAGGUCCUUGUCGAGGCGGGCGUGCAUUAUUUUGAGGAUGGCAAUUUUUGGAUGGAAGUGCCAGGUCUGCUAGACUUUGACGACGACGACUGCUCCUAUCAACCGAUCACAGUUCGAAAGAAUCCAAAGGUUCGCUUCAGCUCGGGUCCCAUACACGUUUACUCAACUUUCUCUGUGACCGACUACGAUCGCCGCAAUGAAGAUGUUGAUCCGGUGGCCGCUUCGGCCGAAUAUGAACUGGAGAAGCGUGUCGAGAAGAUGCACGUCUUUCCCGUUGAAUUGAUGAAAGGUCCUGAGGGUUUGGGUCUCAGCAUUAUUGGCAUGGGCGUUGGCGCAGAUGCUGGCUUAGAAAAACUGGGUAUAUUUGUUAAAACGAUCACGGACAACGGCGCCGCAGCACGUGACGGACGCAUUCAAGUCAACGAUCAGAUAAUCGAGGUGGAUGGCAAGAGUCUGGUGGGUGUUACCCAGGCCUAUGCAGCUUCAGUGUUACGCAAUACAUCCGGUCUAGUCAAAUUUCAAAUUGGUCGGGAACGUGAUCCCGAAAACUCGGAAGUUGCCCAACUCAUUAGACUGAGUCUCCAAGCAGACCGCGAGAAAGAAGAGCGCAUUAAACGCCAACAAGAAGAGUACCUCCGUCGCACGCUCGACUACUCAGAGGACUCUACACAGCCGGUUUCGGCCAAUUCAAGUGUCUGCGAGGGACCGUCCAGUCCCGUACAGGUUGAGCACCCUAUGGAGGUCGAGGCAACACACUCACAAGAGGUGGAGUCGCUUAAGCGGCUCCUACAGGAGAGCGAAAUGGGUUGCAUGGUUAAGGAAGAAAUUAUACAAAAUCUUAAGAGAAAGUUGGUCAAACUGGAGACGACGGGCAAUGAAAAUGAACUGCUGAGCGAGAGACUGCGCCAAAGUGAACGGGAGCUGGGCAACAUUAAGAAGGAAGCGGCCAAUCUGCAGAACAUGUUGCAGCAGUCGCAGGCCCAGUAUAUGGCGCUGGACAAAAAGUACAACAAGGCCAAGCGACUGGUGCGCGAGUAUCAGCAGCGGGAGCUGGACAUGUGCCAUCGCGAGGAGUUCUAUCAGCAGCUGCUGCAGGAGAAGGACACCGAGUACAAUGCGCUCGUGAAGAAGCUCAAGGAUCGUGUCAUCAAUCUGGAGCAUGAGCUCCAAGAAACACAACGCAAGGCCGGCUUUCCAGUGGGUUUGCCAUACGACAGUGCCACUCUGAAGCUAACACCCCAAAUGAUGCGUAAGACGCCGCCAAAGCCCCUCUUCCACAAGCUGGAAACGGAACUAUCCGAUACGGAAAUUUCGGAUCUAUCACCUGAUGGCGACGGGGUCAAAACGGCAACCGUGGAACGGAAAGUGCCCGUUAAGGAUGAGCUGGAUGCAGCUGUGCCACAACACGAACUACUCGACAAUUCCGUGAACAAAACGAAGAUCGAGCUGGCCUCCCGUGGUGGUCUAGCUAAUCGCCAGCUGCCCUCGUCGAACGUGUCCAAUGGUGGCAACAGCAACACCAUCAUAAACGGCGCCACUGAGUUGCUGCCCAAUGGCAAUCUGAGCAAGCGCAGCAGAAGCAAUAGUCGCAGCUCCGACUGCACCCUGGAUGACAGUGAUGAGGAUGCGGAACUGCAGCAAUCUCCGCUCAUUUUGGCAACGAGUGCUGCGCCCACUACUGGCUACGACAGCAUUAGCCUCUCCAAUGGCAACUCGCAUCUGCUGGCCAAUGUGAACAAUCUGCUGCAGCAUCAUCCGCCCGCUUCGAAUGCGAUCAUUGGCACCGGCAUCGUGCCUGUCUCCAACGGGCAUCUGGGCACAACAACGGCCAUACUGCUGAACUCGACCUCAUCGGCUUCGUCCAGCUCAUCGAAUCAGUCGACAGCGCGCGAGGCUCAAAUCAAUCAACUUUAUGCCCAGGUACACAAGGAUCCCAGCAAGCAACAGCAGCAGCAGCAGCAGCAGCAACAACAACAACAACAACAGCAACAGUUUCAACAACAGCAGGCAUCGAGUUUAUUUAAGACUACGCUGGGAUCGCCGGCCGAUAAUGGAGGUGGAUUGAAUGACUUUCAUCGGGGAAGCAUGACAACCUUUGGCACUGCCGGAGGCGGCGGGGGCAGUGACAGCAAUCGUGAUCUCAACAGCUCAUACGACUCAAUUGUGGGCUCUAAUGAUAAGCUAUCGGAGAAUGAUCAGGGUGAGAACUGGAUGUAUCCGAGUCGGCGACGUGUGACGCCCAAUGGCGGCAAGUUGCCCGCCUCCAGUUUCACUGAGCAGCUCAAUCAGGCAUUGUCCGAUCGUGAGAGACGGCUUGGGGACGGCUCCUCGCGCCAUUCCAGCGAUGAUUACACGGAGAUCAACAAGAGCCAAAGCGCCGCUGCGAUCAACUGCAAGACGCUGAUCAAUGAGAUUCGCCAGGCGGUCAACGAAGCGCAGCCAAAAGUUAAGCAAGUUGUUCCGCAAUCGCUCUCCCCGCCCGGCACAGUGCCCUGGCAACAGCAGAACCAUCAGCAUCCACAGCAGCAGCUAACACAAUCGGCUCACGCCACUGGGCCUCCGUCACCCACCAGCAUGUCGUCGGGGUGCUCUUCGCCCGGUUACUCGCCCAGCCGGACCCUGGAUCUGUCUGGAUCCAGUUCUAGUUUCUCGGAUCGGAAAGCGGCCGCUGCCUGUUAUAAUUAUAAAGGUGGUCCCGUACACGAAUGGACUAAGGAACAGGUGGGCCACUGGCUGAUGGGCAUCGAGCUGGAGCGUUAUAUACCUGUAUUCAAGGAGCACAACGUAGAGGGUGGCGCUUUGCUCACUCUCGACUCGAAGGACUUUAAGACACUCGGCGUCUGCGGCGAUGAUAAGAAUCGAUUAAAGAAACGAUUAAAGGACCUUAAAGCGAGCAUUGAAAAGGAGCGCAAGGACAUGGAGCGGGAGCGUCGCGAACGCGAAAAGGCCAUACGCAAGGCCGAAAAGAAGGCGGCCAAAAAGAAGUAGUUGAAUUCUAGUUUCUAAGAAACAAUGUAGCCAAAAACCAAAACCAUAUAUGCAUACAUAGCACUUAUAAGAUCUAUGCAUACCACAACAAACGCGUUUAAAUUAUAUAUAUAUAUAUAUAUAUAUAUAUAUAUAUAUAUAUAUAUACAUAUAAUAUAUAUAGAAAUAUACCAUGAAUACAAGUAUAUAACAGUUAUACUUAUAUAGUCACUAAUAAGACAAACAUAAUUUAUUUGUACAACACACACAUCUAUUAUACGUACUACGUUUUAACUUAUUUAAAUUAAUGAAACUUAGACGUAACUAUGAAGUAUUCACCACAAAGAAAAAGAAAAAUGUAAAACAACUGGAAAACAUCAAGCCAAGAGAGCCGAGAAACACACAUCUUAAUUUAACACACCAACAAAAAAAAAAGAGACAAAAAACAAAGUCAAACAAGAGAAUGCGUUGGACUGACUGAUUUUUAUGAAUAAUUUAUUGAACAAUGUGAAAUGAAAAGAGAAAUAUACGAAAACGUUUAAACCAAAAUCCAACAAACAAACUUGAAUUGAGAAUGCAACACGAUAAAUUAUACGAGUAGCACACUUAAGGAAUUCGCUGAACAGACUUGAAAGGGCCACAAAAUCCCGUUUCAUCUAAUUAUACACAAUACCUUACGUUUAAUAAUAAUAAUACAAAUACUAAUAAUAAUAUAUUGUAAUAUCAUUUAAGUUAAUUGCAAAUUGCAACACAUAACCGUAAGCUAAAUAUGUCUCACGUUUCUUUAUAUUGUGUAGCGAUUACUCUGUGCAAUUCUAAGAUUAGCGCAUACAAUUAUAAUACAUCUAGCCUAUGUGUAUCUCAAAUUGCAUUGUAUUUGCCAAGAUAUAGUAUGUAACAGAAGCGUCAAUGUUUGCUAAAGUAUUCGUAUUUGUUAAAUAAUAUGUUUUGCAAGACACUUAGGGAAGGGCGUACUCAGCUUUUCACAGAGAUAGGGGUUUUAUUUAGGACAAGUUUUAUAUUCUGAUUUCCCCUGCACUCCUUGCCUACGCCCUUUCGCUUAAGUACUUAAGUUACAAGUUGAAACCGAUAAGAUCGUCAGAUAAGUUCCCUUAUGACUGGGGGCUUGCAAAGAUUAGGGAUGCAAAUAUGUCGGGAUAAACGUUGAAAACAAAGGUCUUACUUUAAUUAGUAUUUAUGUCCAAGCAUAUGUUUGUGUGUGUAACACUAUAUUUAUGGUUUAUCGUGACUGUACCUAAUUUUUACUGUUUCUUUUGUAUAAGUACAUAUAAUUGAUAUAUUGAAAAUACAUGUGUAAAAUAUUGAUUUAGAGUUUAUAUUGCGUCAAUCAUAGAUUCGUGUUCGUGCUUUCGUAUUAUGUGUAUUUAUUGUUUACUUUUCAUUUUAAAUAUGUUGCAAUAAACCUCUGUAUAUCUUUGUUUAAAGUAUCCAUAGUCCGAGUGCCACGCCACAAACUGACUUUGAUUCGUUUUA